AUAUUUUCAACAUAUCAGCCAGCCGAAGAAUUAACAAAGAGAAGUGCAGGAAAAACGAUGAGAAUAUCUAAGAAUUACACUUACCUACUUCUCUUUAGCUCUUCUUUAUUGCUGAUAAUAGAAACUACCACAGCAAUUGACACCGUAAACACAACACAGUUCAUUAGAGAUGGGGAUACCAUUGUUUCAGCUAAUGGAAGCUUUAUAUUAGGAUUUUUCAGCCCGGGCAUGUCCAAAAAACGAUACUUGGGGGUAUGGUAUGGCAAAAUCUCUGUCCAGACAGUAAUUUGGGUUGCCAACAGGGAAACUCCCCUCAAUGAUACAUCGGGUGUUUUAAGGCUAACGAAUCAAGGAAUCCUUGCGAUUCAGAAUCGGAGUGGGAGCAUAAUUUGGUCGUCCAACACGUUGAGACCUGCAAGGAAUCCAAUUGGACAGCUUUUGGAUUCAGGAAACCUUGUUGUUAAAGAGGAGGGUGAUAAUGAUCUGGAAAAUUCUUUGUGGCAGAGUUUUGAACAUCCAGGUGAUAACUUAAUGCCAGAUAUGAAGCAAGGACGAAACAGAAUAACAGGCAUGGACUGGUACAUGACAUCAUGGAAGUCACCUGAUGAUCCAUCCAGAGGUAAUAUUUCAUACAUACUUGUUCCUUAUGGUUACCCUGAGAUACUUGUGAUGGAGGAUUCAAGGGUAAAGUUCCGUUCUGGGCCAUGGAAUGGUAAGCGGUUCAGCGGUGUACCGCAAUUAAAACCAAAUCCCGUAUACUCAUUUGAAUUUGUUUUCAAUGAGAAGGAGAUUGUUUACAGAUAUCAUCUUCUUAAUAGCUCAAUGCUUUCAAGGAUCGUGGUAAGUCAGGAUGGUGAUAUCCAGCGCUACACGUGGAUUGAUCGAACACAAAGAUGGGUGGUUUAUCUCACUGCAAAUCGAGAUAAUUGUGAACGCUAUGCCCUAUGUGGUGCAAAUGGUAUUUGUAGUAUUGACAAUUCUCCUGUGUGUGAUUGCUUGCAUGGAUUUGUACCAAAAAUCGAAAGUGAUUGGAAAGUCACAGAUUGGUCAAGUGGUUGUGUUAGAAGAACUCCCCUCAAUUGCUCUGUUGAUGGGUUCCGUAAGCUCUCUGGAGUAAAGUUGCCUCAGACAAACACAUCAUGGUUUAACAAGAACAUGAAUCUCGAGGAGUGCAAGAACACAUGCUUGAAGAACUGCAACUGUACAGCGUACUCAAGUUUGGACAUCAGGGAUGGUGGAAGUGGUUGCUUGAUUUGGUUCGGCGACCUACUUGAUAUCAGAGUAUUUGUUGAAAAUGAGCCGGAGAUUUAUAUAAGAAUGGCUGCUUCUGAACUAGAUAAUGGUGAUGGUGCGACGAAAUCCAACGUGAAGAAAAGGAUUAUAGUAAUUUCUGGGUUGUCUGCAGGAAUUCUUCUCCUUCUCCUAGCCUUGGUCUUAUAUAUUCGAAAGAAGAAGCAGCUGAAAGACAGAAAUAUGACUGGUGUUUUUGAAGGAAAUUUACAGCACAAGAGAAACAAAGAAGAUCUGGAUUUACCAUUGUUUGAUUUUGGUGCCAUGGCUCGGGCAACCAAUAAUUUUUCAGUUAACAAUAAACUAGGCGAAGGGGGUUUCGGACCUGUUUAUAAGGGAACGUUGAAUGAUGGGAGAGAAGUAGCGGUGAAGAGGCUCUCUAAGAAUUCAAGACAAGGAGUUGAUGAGUUUAAAAAUGAAGUCAAGCAUGUUGUGAAACUUCAGCACCGGAAUCUAGUAAAGCUUCUAGGAUGCUGCAUUGAAGUGGAUGAAAAGAUGUUGAUCUACGAGUUCUUGCCCAAUAAUAGCUUGGACUUCUUUCUUUUCAAUGAAACACACACCUCGCAACUAGACUGGCCUAAGCGCUACAAUGUUAUCAAAGGGAUUGCUCGUGGACUCCUUUAUCUUCACCAAGAUUCAAGGCUAAGAGUAAUCCAUAGAGAUCUGAAAGCUAGCAAUGUAUUAUUAGAUCAUGAAAUGAAUCCAAAAAUUUCAGACUUUGGCCUGGCUAGAAGUUUUGGAGGAAACGAAACCGAAGCCAAUACAAACAAAGUGGCGGGAACAUAUGGCUACAUAUCCCCGGAGUAUGCAUCUGACGGUCGCUACUCGACAAAAUCAGACGUCUUCAGCUUUGGUGUGUUGGUGCUAGAGAUAGUGAGCGGGAACAAAAACAGAGGAUUCUCUCAUCCAGACCACCAACUCAACCUUCUCGGGCACGCCUGGAGAUUAUUCAUAGAAGGCAAGCCCUUGGAACUAAUUUCAGAAUCAAUAAUUGAAUCAUGCAAUUUAUUUGAAGUGCUACGUUCGAUUCACGUGGGUCUGUUGUGCGUUCAAGAAAAUCCAGUAGAUAGGCCGAGCAUGUCGUAUGUCGUUUUGAUGUUGGGAAACGAAGAUGCAUUGCCUCAGCCUAAACAACCUGGCUUUUUUACUGAAAGGGAUCUGAUAGAAGUGACUUAUUCAUCAACCCAGAGCAAACCGUAUUCAGCUAAUGAAUGCUCUAUUUCAUUGUUAGAGGCAAGAUAGAUACAUGUUGUGGCUUGAUUCAUAAGAUUCGUAUUGUCCUAGAAUCUAUAGCUGCUUCCACAUUAGCUUUUUUCUUUAUGCUCCAAUACUAGGUUUGCAGCAGGGUUAUAAAUUUAGUACAAAUUCGAGCCUACAUACCGAAAUGACUAUUUGACAACCUUGUUAUCCUAGCAAGAACUCUUUUAUACGUUGACAAGAAUGUCUUCGUGUUAUAUUAGUACAUUCUUUCCUGUU